UUUGAUCCGCAGCACUGACUACGACCGGAACACAUUUCAUACUAUCAAGCAACAGAGAGAAUUUUAACUUCUUUUCAAGAGGGAUUUUUGCACCGAAGUUUGUGAUUGAGUUUGCUUUUUUCGAUUAAAAUAAAUUUCGGAAAGCAAGUUUUGAAUGAAGCAUUUAAAACGAUUUCUGGGAGAAAAUAUUGAUGAGUUUAACGUUUUUUUGAUGGGAGAAGCUGAAACAUUUAGCUUAAAAGUGAGUGAUUUUUACCGUUGAUUCUAUGGAAGCAAUUCGGAAAUUUUUACAAGAAAUUUAAAUACAACGAGAAUAUAAGGAUCUUAAUCGCACCCAAAAGUUGAGAGAUUUAUCGGAGCAUCACAAAAAACCCAAAAAAAAAAUGACUGAGGAAUCAGCAACAUUACCGCCGCCACCAGCGCCACCCUUGAAUCAGCCCAAACAGCGUCUGAAUCCGCAUGAGAUUCGAAAUGUCGAUUUGGUGCAACGGUUUUUGGCUGCAACCCCAUCCUACCUAUAUUCCCCUCCACCGAUUGGACCACCAAACUUUUUCUUCAGUGAAAUGCUACGUUCGCUUGUGCAAUCGAAGGCUGCCGAAGGUGCUCGAGGACUACAAAAUCCGAUGCGACGGCCACGGAAACGUCUUUGGACGCCACCAAAUCGCUUUGAAAACGAGUCACUUUCAAAGGAACCUACUGGUGAAAAGCCGUUAGAACUAACAACAAAGCAUCAGGCCAUUCCAUUUCCGAGUGCAUUCAAUCCACAUUUGAAAAGUCCUAAAGAAAGUGAUAAAUCGGCUGCACCAGAAGUGAGUAUUGCAUCAAGCAAUGAACCCACUGACUCAAAAUUAACAUCGUAUCCGACGGGAGAGACCACUGUAAAUGAACCAUCGGCAGCUUCAUUGCCGCCAUCUGAUUUGGUGAUGCCACAAAUUCCACCCAUUUGGUAUCCACCGCUUUAUCCACCUUAUGGCAUCGAUCCACUGCACUUUUUCAUCGAUUUACGCGUUUCGGGGCAACUUUACGAUAGAAAAAAAGAGAAUAGCUCACCAUCAGCUGAGAUUAAUUCACUGACAAGUGAAAAUAAUAACAUUAGCAAAGCUCGUCAUGGCUCAGCAUUCAGUGUACCGCCGAGGCGUGACAAAAGCCCAUUGGCAUUGAAUUUAUCAUCGAUUGGAACCAAACCAAAUUCCAUCGAUUUUGCGAACAAUAAUUUCACAGAAAUUGACGACAAAUCGAAGAACACUAAUUACGUUCUGCAGAAUUUACCACGAAUUUACACCUCGCUAACACACAAUCCUGAUGACAGACAUUCGGAGGAAAGCGAAAGCAAAUCCAGCUCCGAUAUUGAUGUUAAAGAUCAUGAACAAAUUUCCAACUUCUCCGACGAUGUUGUCAUUGUCGAUCAAGACCCCGAUGGACCACCGGAGAGGAAACAUUUUAAACGCAAAUAAAACAAACAAAAUGCAUGGAAUAAAUUGAAUUUGUGUUUUUAUUAGUAAGACGUGAUUUUAAAUCAAUCGAUGUGUAGAACGUUUAGCUGUAAGAACAUUAAUAUUUUAGCGCUUUGUUAAUUGUAUGUGUCGAAUUAUUUUUUAAUUGAUAAGUUUUGUUCUAAAUAGCUCUUAGUUAUUUCGAAAUUAAACUCAUUUUUAUACGAAACGAUUAGGUUGAUUCAAGCGAAUUUUUUUUUUGUGUUGGGCUUUGUGAUUUUGUGUUUAUUUUUUAUAUCAUUCUAUUCAUUUCGUGAGUAAAUUCAAUUAUGACUGUUCGAUUUCUUUUCUAUUUCCUAUCGUUUUUUAUUUUAUUUUACGUUUUUUUCAUCGUUUUUUAAUUGGAUAUCCGAUUUGAUGGACUUGAUUUUGGUCUCAUAAGAACAAAUAAAAAAUUUAAAGUAUUCUUUCAAAUUAUUCUUACGAUUUUUUAAAAAUAGUUUCGAAUUUUUAUUUGAAUUCUUUUACUUGGAUUUUUUUUCAUUUUUCUAAUUUUUUUUAUCAAUUUUUCUUGUUUUCUUUUCUUUAGUUUUGUUCACAUGUUUGAUGAGAAAUGAUAAGCUUAUUUCUUCAAGGCGAUUUUUGUUUGCAACCACGGACCACUUCAAGCUCUAUAAAAUACAUGAGUAAUUUACUUCAAGCUUGAUUUCAAUUGUUUUUUUUUUGCAUCUUUUGAAAUUCAAAAACAAAUCAGUGUUCACCUGUCCACCCAUAGUGUGGUUCCACAAUUGAAAAUGAAAUAUUUUAGCCUAAAAGGUAUUUAAAUUGUCUCGUACAAAAAAUGAAUAAUACAGAAUUUCUACUUCAGCCAAAUUAAGCCAAAUAGCAGUUUAAAAAACAAUGCAUAUUCUACCCAAACAAAUUAUCGUGCUUUUCCCACAAAGCCAGUUGUAAAUUUCAUGUGUAUGUCAUAGGGAAAAAUGUGCUCAACAGGUCGCUUAACAAUGAAUGGACUAUUUAUUCUGAAAUACUAAAAAUAAAAAAAAAAUGUUCAAUCAAAAUGUAAAUUAACCGAAAUAAAUAAAUCAAAUAAUAAUCAUAUUAAAUAGUGUCAAGAAAUGGUUUUUUUCUGAGUCAAAAUCAAUUUCUAAUUUUAGUUCAAUAUUUUAAAAAAAUGGUAAAAAAAAAAUAAUUCAGUUUUUUGUCUUUAGACAAUUUUUAAAAAAAUUGAGUCAAAAUAAGCAAUGGUAUGAAAAGUUAGAAUAUCAAUUUUUUUUCUUCAUGAAAUUUCCAAUGAACUAUUUUGAAUUCUUAAUGAAUCUUUCACUUUCUUCCAUUUAAAACAUUCAUGUAGAAAGAAGGAAUGUGUAAUGAAAAAAAUGAAUAAUUUUUAUUGCAUGCAAAAUUGCAAUGCAUUCUCAUGAGAGAGAGACCCAGGUGAGCUGGUAAAAUAAAGAUUAGUCAAAAAAUGUGCAAUUUGUAGGUUUUUUUGUCGAAUUAAUUAAAAUGAAAUUAACAUUUAAAAAAUUGAAUGAGUGAUAUUGUGCAAUUGCAUGAAUAACUUUCGUGAUACGCAUAGUUCAAAAAAGUCAGACUUGCUGAGUCAAAACUUCUUGAUAAAUCUCAUGUGGAAACUGGAGCUACGUUUAAAAUCCCAAAACCACACACACAUUGGCUCUAUGUAACCAGAAUGGAUGCUAUUUAUAGCACACAAAUUGGGAACAUGUGAUAAUAAAUGAAAUUAUGAAUACAAUUAUAAUAAAUCAGACACAAAUUACUGUAAUUAACAUCAAAUUGGCCAAUUUAAUUUGGAAUUUUGUGCAAAAAUGAUUAUUCUCUCUUCUUAAAACGGAUUAUUCAGAAGUAAAAUAGUGAUGAAAAAAAUUGCAUAUAUUGAACCUCAAAAAAUUUUGGUAUGAAGCCAUUGAAUAUUUAUGUUCAAUACAAUUUGAGCUCACAUUAAAUUUUUGACUUGAAUCUUAAUUGAAUUUUUGACUUACAAUGAAAAAAAUCGAUUGAAAUUUAGUAAUCUUAAUUAAAAACCAUUAGAAACGUUUUGUGCAGCGCUGAUCGCUAGACCAAAAAUAUAAAUGAAAGCAGUCAAUAGGACUGCAAUAUCAAAAGUUAUAUGAGUGAUAAAAAUGGAUUCGUAAAAAAAUGUUCAUUUGUUCCAUAUCACAAUUGUGUAUUGUUCGAAUGGCUAUAAAUAAAUCCCUUAAACAAAUGUCCCCAUGGAACGAUCAAAUUUCGUAAACAGAAGACAAAUAAAGUUGUAUUCACUGCUCCAUAAUCUCUGGCAAUUCGAAAGUAAGAGUCAUAUGUUUAAUCAAAAGUAAACAAAAAUAAAUCAUGUCACAUCGUAGCUUGGUACAAAAAUAAAAUCAAAACAAAUGAUAAAAUCAUGUCGAAUUCGGUGUCAAGCGCCUGUAAAAGCACAUUUCCCAACGGAACAAUGGUCCAAGUAAACAUUUUGUAAACAAAAUAUUCGGUGCAAAAAGAAAGUAAUUCUUUUUAUCAAUCUUAUAAGCAAAACAAAAAACGAUGUCAACCCUAGCGAAAGGUCGCUACAAGUGUAACAGUCUACUGCAACAAAAACAAAAACAACAACAACAAAACGAAAACAAAGUGACUCAAUCAUAAAUAAAAGUGUAAUUAAAAACGUGCAUGUCCUUUAAAAAAAA